UCUAGAGCACAGGCCGAUCAGUUGUGACAAAAGGCUUAGUUGCUCCAUGGCAUGUGGGAUCUUCCUGGAUCAGGGAUGGAACCCGUGUCUCCUGCAUCAGCAGGCAGAUUCUUUACCACUGAGCUGCCAGGGAAGCCCAAGAGCUCGGCUUUAUGGCCCUCACAUACCAGCUGGUUGACACAGAUAAUUAACAAACACGAGAAUACAGGUAUGCAGACAUGCAGAAAUGUCAAAGUCCAAGUAAGGUGAAGAGUAUCUUGGAAUAACAUCAAAUCAGGUAAGUUGUUAUUGGUGCAGUUGUGAGGGGUGACUUCUGUCAGGCUCCACGAAUAGGGUUGUAUUUAACUGAGAUCAGAAGAAAGAAAUGGAGUGAGCCCUGUGGGUAUCUGGAGGAAGAGCCUUUGAGCAAAGGGAAGGCCAGAUGAAAAUGUCCUGCCAGGGGAGCACUUUCGAUGGGGAUCCAGGGAAGACUAGGGAGCAGAUGCCUGCAGGGUCCGGUGGUGCCGUGUUCUCCAAGAAUCAUGCUCCAGUCCUGUUUCCCAGCCUGAGCAGGAAAAGACAGACCAGAACAGGAGAACUUAGUCUUCUGAAAGCAGGGGAGACCUGAGAGAGGCGUUCACCAUUCAUCCACUCGACAGCCCAGGAGCUGAACUGCAACACGCACAUAUUGUGGAAAGACUCCGGGCCAUGAGGCAGGACGAGGACCCUGCAUUCAUGGGGUCACAGCCCAGCAGGAGACACACCGGGAACCCCAAAUCCCAGGCGUGAUGAAAGCCUAGGGGGUGUCAUAGGCGCCAAGAGACCAUAGAUGGGGAGCCAACAUAAGCUGGGAGAGUGGACAAGGGUGUCCAGUCACGGAUGUUGGUGGGUCAGGCAGAGGAGCAGGGAUUCAAGGGUCUGGACCAGGCCGGAAGUGAGCAGGGCAGCAGCCCAGCGUGGAUCUGCAACAGGAUGUUGAGGCCGAAUGCUGGACCUUUGGGUGCUGCCAAGAGCUAUGUUGAGGGAACCAGUCAGAACACAGGGCUUCGUCCUGGGACGGGCAGGCAUCCAACCCUGCUAUGCACUGGGACGCAGGUGUACUGCCUGUGACCAGAACUGAGGAGAGUCAGGAUCUGCAGGGGAGCAGUGGGAGACCCUGGGGUGUGCAGACCAGCUUGAGAAACUGGAAUAACCUACCCGAGGGUAGGACAGGAGGCCCCCCCACCCCCACCCCUACCACAGUGCCUGGGAAAAUAGGGCUUAAAGGUCCAGCAUGGCACUUGAACAAGCCACCAUCGGUGAAGGCAGUCUGUCUCCUCUCUGUGGGCUGUCCCCUCCCUCAUCUCUGCAUCGUGAAGAGGCCCCUGCUCAUCGAUGUGCAUCCAGGAGAGGCCCCAGCAGCCAGUGCCCUGGGGCCCCUGUUGUACAAUCACCCCUCUGUGCCAUUGGUUGGGGAGGAGGUUCCUCUCAGCCCCAGGCCCCCAAGUCCUCAUCCCUCCACCCAGCAUCUUCUCCUCUGACCUCCUGUCAGUUCUCAGGCUCUCUGUAGUUCUCAAAAGGGAGUAGACUCUGUCCAGAGGCAGAGCAUGGAAAGGUUGGGAACCGCUAUUCUGAGUCGAAUGUAGGCAGCGAGGGGCCCAAGACACGGGAAGCCACAGCCCGAGGGAUGUGUACCCCGGGGAGAACCAGAGCCAAGGUGGAACAUAAGAAGUUGUCUGGGGUCACAGGACAGACUUGCGGGGCAGGAAGUGGACUUAGGGGUCCCACAGGUUGCCUGCGGUCCCUGGUCAUGGUGACACAGACCCUGGGUCAUCCCCAUGAAGGCCAGAGAGGAUGGAUGAGCAUGGCAUCCUCAUCCGAGUGUCCAUCCUGACAGCAGGGAAAUGAUGUGACACGGAAGCUAAGGCCCCACAGAAGAGGAGCACAGCUUGGUGCUGCUGCCGGAGCGUGUGUGAGACCGAGAGAGGACCUGCUGUGCAGGGUUGGGAGGGGGCAGCCUCCUAGAUCGGGGGACCCUGGACGCAUCCAGUCGUUGGAUUGAGAGAAGCUGAGGGCAGUGGGUCCAAGCACCUGGACCAGCCGUGUGCCCCUCCCCCUAAGCUUCCUGCCCCCUGCCCCCUGAACCACCUGAGCUGACCCGGGAUGGGACCAGGAAGCAGAGAGGCCCAGAAAAGCAGAAGUGAGGACUGGAAGUGAUUCCUCUGAAGAGGCUCCACCCUGUCCCUGCCCGAGGCCUGGCUGUAGUGGCAUCCCUGUUGGGGAAAUGACCCCGAGGGGCAGGGCUGGGUGGCUGCCUUCAGCUCCGCUGCUGCUCCACCUCCCAGCCCUGCGCCCCUGGACAAGGAGCUGGUUGUGUUUUCCAGGUUGUUUGUCCCUGAGUGGCCCCAGCAGAGUGACAGGCAUCGUGGGAGAAUCCCUGAGCGUGGAGUGUAGGUACCAGGAGGAAUUCAUAGACGACAACAAAUUCUGGUGCACAUCCCUAUGUUUGUGGAAGACUGUGGAGACCAGAGAGUCAGCGAGAGAAGUGAGGAGGGGCCGCGUGUCCAUCAGAGACCAUCCUGCAAGGCUCACCUUCACAGUGACCUUGGAGAACCUCAGAGAAGAAGAUGGGGGACUGUACCGGUGUGGAAUCGAUGUGUUAUCUACAUUUGACCCCAUCUUCAAUGUGGAGGUGUUUGUGAUCCCAGCCACACAGGGACAGAGUGUGGGACCCGGGGAAGGAAACGGGACCUGCCUUCUGCUUUGCCCGCACCCCUGCUAUAGCCACCGGCCCCGAGAGGUCCACAGGCUCCCCAGGCUCUCCCACGAGCCUGCCAGUGCCCACCUGGAGCACUGCAUCUGGUCAGGAGACCCCCGAUCCUGGCAAACCUCCUCGGUAAGGGGCCCACGUCCCAGGACAUUGGCACCUGUGUGGUUUCUCCUCUGGGUGAGGGGACGUUCGGGGAUUUGGGUCUUCCGUCUCCGGGCCCCUCGUUUACUCCCACACCGGACUGUGAAGGUCCUACUGUGUGCCUGGGGCUCUGCUGUGGAUGCAGGUAAGACCACCCAGACAGGACCCUACUCUGAGAGUUGUGCUGUAUGGGGGAAGUCACGCCCUGAGCCAGUCCACACAGAGUUCCUAUGUAAAUAUGGUGGUUUGGGAUGGGUACUACGGAGAAAUACCAGUCACUGGGGUUUUGGUGAGUGUGUGGGAAGGUGAUUAAAUUUGCUAUUU